AUGUGGGGCGUAGACGCGACACUGAUGGAGAUGGCGUGCGCUACCCUUCCAGCGACAGUAGCUGACCUUCUGAAGUUACUGUAUGCGGCUGAUUGGCAUAAAAAUGACCGUAGACUACGCGAGAAAUGCCACACUUCUGCGCGAGAAAUGUUCGCAGGCCGUAGUCGUAAACAGCGUCUGGCAGAAGAACCUGAACCGUCGAAGAGCAACAAGCGUACCGUCAAGGAGCAUCGUCACAACAGCACCACGCAGCAGUGGGAGUCGCUCAUCUCAUGGUAUGCCAUACAGUUGAUUGAGGACACGCGAGAGCACGAUCUCACCAACGACAUCCCUGUGCUCAUCGAAGCUUACGACUACGAGCUCGAAGCCAAAGACCUUUGA